AUGUUCAAGUCCAAGUCCUUUGAUUUGGUUAUUGAGGAAAAGACAAAGAAACCGGAACGGCUGUACCAGCCGCGUCGAAUGCGAUGGCUAAAAUAUAUCAUCCUGCCGGCCGUUUUCUCAUUUGCCCUUCUGCUGAUCCUGGUCAAUGUGGACUUCUCCGAUAACAAUGAGGAUUCGACGCAUCUGGGAAAUAGAUGUGACACAUCGCUCCUCAUAUCUAACUAUGGACUCGAAAAUAACACACUUUCCCAGAGCUUUUUCGCCGAAAGAGUUGCAUUGCAAAGCCUUUUCAGCGAGAAUGGCACUAUGAUUCACAUCAACGAUAUGGUUUUUAAUCAGGAAAGCACGAUGAACAUAACAAGCCUGCAGCUCAUAAAUGUGCAGUUGGAAAAUUUAACUGACUCUGCCCUCCAAGGCCUUCAAAAGCUUCAGAACUUUACUCUAGUCAAUGAAAGUAAUCACCUUAGGCCAUUGGGAUUCCUCUCAGCUGUGGCUGAAUCGCUAAUCAGUGCGGAAGUACACCAGUCAUUAGCCGCAAAAAUAACGAAUUCAGUGUGCGACUUGUUGGGAUCCCUGAAUUUCACCCAGUUGAAAUAUUCAGAUCUGAGUGGGACACACUUAGAGAAAGAGUCCUUUGACAAUCUGCCCGCCUUGGAACAGCUAAUUCUGAAAAACUGCGGGUUGGACCACAUCGAGCGGGAAAUCCUGAAACCAAGACAUAAAUCGUUGCGUCAUUUGGACUUGGGUGGAGCUCGGCAGAAACACAACUAUGAAUAUCAGUUGGACGAAGCCGGGUAUUCUUCUGAGUCAACGACAAGUGCUGAGGAUAUAUAUACUAUCGCGGCUGAACGAGCGAUGGCUCCAGAAUUAGUGGGCACCACUACACCACUAUCUACGUCCAUAGGAACUUUAUCACCAUCAACCUCAACAGCGAGUAUAUCAACAACCACCGCAUCCGAAUCGACGGUAUCAACAACACCAUCGUCAAAAUGCGAAGAGGAACUUUGCCAGGACCUAGUAUGCUCGAGAAUUUCAACCGAUUCGGUUGCAUCUGCAGAUCCAGGAAGUUCUGCGUGCCAGGACGGCUUACUGGUGGAGAUCUGCGAGUCGGAUUGCACCACACCCACAUUUUUCUGUGUCAUAUUGGGCGAGAGCUUUACCUUCCCAUCCAACUGUUGUUCCCAUCAGAGCAUGAGAUGUGUGGUAGAGACCACACAGGUCUCCUGGUUCGAGGACCACGGCGGACUGGUCAUUGGACUGGGAGUGGGUCUGCUCUUGCUCGGCAGCUUCCUCGGGAUGCUCAUCGUGUUUGGAACCCUGCGCCUGAAGCCCUCCUGGUUGGGCGGCAGUGGGCGGCGUGAGUCGAGCACGAAGGGGCUGAUUCAAGGAAGAUUCGAAAAGGACCCGUAUGUGCAAGUGGAUGGUGCGAUUGCGACUAUCGACAAUAACGAAUAUGUCACAGCCUAUCACCGCUACCUGGAGCAGGCGAACCACAGCCCCACGGAGUCGAACAAGUACAUUUGCCCACCCAGGGAUAGGGCUCCGUCUGUUCCGCCCUCCAGCGAUUAUCCCUUGCCACUUCCGGCAAGGAAUUGCAACGUGUACGAGAGCUGCGAGCUGUACGAGGAACUUCCGUAGCAGUACUUUCUUCACCGAUGCUUACAUCCCUUUUACUUUGAAGAAAUUGUGGGAACAUAGUCCUCUAAAUCAAUGAAUGCUUAUGAAUUGAAUUAUGCUUACAGCUGAAAUACAACUACAAUCACUGCUG